AUGCUAGCUUCCACACGGUCCCGUCUCUGCCUCGCGGCCCGCUCAUCCCCUUCCCGCCUCCUCCCCCGCGCCUUCACAACCACCGCACCACGCCCAUCCGAACCAUCUGAGAACGCCGUGCCAACCAACGACCCCAAUCCGCACAGGAAGUUCAGCCCAAUCUCCGUGACCAAUGCCACGCCUACAGAUGCCAUGGGCGCCCAGGACCUCCCCCUGCAAGAAUCGGUUGAGCACGCACAGCGCGAGCUGGCCAAGCAGGCGCCCAACCGCACCGCCAUCUGGGCAAAGAGCCAGCAGCCGCGGGAGAUGGCCAUGACUGGACCGCGGUUCGAGCAGACUAUUAUGGAGUACCAGCCCCGACCGUACGCAGCCAUCGAAUUGAUCCACAAGCAGCCCGUGCGAUGGACGAAGGAGAAAGUCGUCUCAUGCGACGGUGGCGGAGGUCCCCUGGGUCACCCCCGAAUCUUCAUCAACACAGACAAACCCCAGAUCUGCCCGUGCGAAUACUGCGGGCUUCCAUUCGCAAACGAGCACAACCGGAAAGCGCUGGAGGCACAGGGACAGACGUCGUAUCCCUUGGAACCGCUGGGACACCCGGCGGAGGUCAAUGAGUCGCAGCGGAUUACGCCAGAGGGGUUCGAGCAACGAUAGAAUGAGAGCGGAACUACCGCAAGACCACAGGAACAAAAACGCGUUACAAUAGAUCCUUGUUUUCUUCUUGUUUCAUUUUGUCUUUUCAAGUAUUUCCAAAUAGCCCAAAUAGCUAUGCGCCGCCUUUUCUUUUCUUUUCUUUUUUUUUCUCCCCGUUCCAGUGCUAGUUUGCACUAAUCCAUGUCGCGCAUUUUGUUCCUUCAGUUUC